AUGUGUUUGUCUUUCCUGGACCUCCCCCUGGAGUUAAGGCUCAUGGUCUACGAGCACUUAUCCAUCACCACAAAGCACCUAGUUCUCGAACACGCACUCGGCGAGUAUGGUCGUGCGUCGACCAUUCGGCUUGUCGUAAAAUCUGCGCCCGUCGAGAUCUUGAGGACCUGUCGAUUGAUCCACCAAGAGGCCCAUUCAUAUGUCAACAGGCUUGUGGAAAGAUGCCAACGCCUGCAAGUCAUUGUCGACUUAACCAUGAUGAGAACCUUUUGUGAAAUAGUCUGCAGCACAACGGCUGAAGAUGUGGGAAAGGCCUUCAUAACGAUUAUGCAAGAGUCUUAUUUAGCUACAGAUCUACCCGUAGAGCAAGGCCAGUACCGAAGCCGUUCCAGUUUGCCACCAUCAGGUCGCUUGGUAUCGACGGAAGACGCAAACAAAUUCCGACACUUUAUUGAGCGGAGCAUUAAGUAUGUAAACCACAUGCGCAACAGGUGCAUACUAGAGAUUGCUGUCAGGAUACCAGACGAUAUCAGAGUGAUGACAGGGCGGACAUACUGUCCAUUAAUAGGUUUUCCAUGGAGAAUGAAGCAUCGGAGGCAAAGAUUUCGCUUAUAUGCUAGGGUGGAAGGAGAACUGGAUACCACUGAUGAAAUCGAAUACGGCAUGCUGAUAACAGAAUGGAGUUAUUCUUUGCGUUAUGAUGGUCAAGAAGACGCGAAGGCGCUCGAUGAUGUAGAAUGGCAAGCCGACUGGGAAGAAACUGAGGUUCGGGAGAAUUAUGUAGAGGCAGAAGCGGCGUUAUACGCAAUGUUAGAGGAGGCUUGCAGGCAACCAUCACGUCGUCUUGGGUGGAGCUUGCCAAUGUUGCAAAGCACAGUGAGAACUCGACGCAUGUAG